AUGAAAAAAUUUGUCGAGACUGACCGUCCACCGACAUCAUCGUCGGCUUAUCGUACAUUCGCCCCACUAAAUACGCCCUGGCGUCGUCGGCGUGAAACAUUAGCUAUUCUCGUAUGGUGGGUAAUCCCAUGGUUUUGCCUAUAUUUAACAAUACAUUUUCUUCGUUCCGACCGUUGGUACUUAACUGGAGGCAUUCUUCUUUAUAUAGCAUGGAUGAUUGUGUUUCGAACGCAUCCUAAGGAAGGUGGUCAUAGACAACAGUGGUUUCGUCGACUUGCUUGUUGGAAAUGGUUUACCGACUAUUUUCCGAUUCGUUUACAUAAAACAUGCGAUUUACCUCCUGAUCGCUCUUAUAUAUUUGGCUAUCAUCCACACGGAAUUCUUUCCCUAGGAGGCUUUGGUAAUUUUGCCACUGAAGCCACUGGUUUUGAAAACUUAUUUCCCGGUAUUAAUCUUCGUUUCCUUGUGCUUAACUCCAAUUUUCAAAUACCAUUUUAUGAUCUAUUUUUAACAAUGAUGGGUGUAUGUGAUGCAUCGAAAGAGUCGUGCAAUUACAUUUUAAAACAGGGUAAAGGUAACAGUAUCAUGUUAGUUCUUGGUGGUGCUAAAGAAGCAUUAGACGCACAUCCAUCUUCCAACUAUAUAUUAACGCUUAAAAAUCGCAAAGGUUUCGUUAAAAUUGCUCUUGCAAAUGGUGCAAGUUUAGUUCCUGUAUUUUCAUUCGGUGAAAAUGAUCUGUAUGAACAAGUGGCUAACCCACGUGGAUCAAAAUUACGAACAUUGCAAACGAUUCUACAGAAAAAGAUGGGCUAUUCAUUACCACUAUUUAAUGGGCGUGGCAUUUUUCAAUAUAAAGUUGGACUUUUACCUAAUCGACACCCGAUUGAUGCAUAUGUUGGUGAACCGAUUGAACUACCAAAAUUAGCUCCAGAACAGAUAACACCUCACGUAGUUGAUGGAUAUCACAAAAAGUACAUGGAUGCAUUAACACGUCUAUUUGAUACACACAAAGCAAAACAUGGUAAUGAGAACCGUUUAAUCGUUUAUGCCGACGAUACCAAUGUGUAG